AUGGCGCAAGGCGAGGACAGUUCGUGGUGCAUGACAAGUAGUGAUCAUGGUAGAGCUGCAUCAUUCAGCCAAACAAUUGCAUGUGGAACCCAAAGGCGUGCUUCUGUUGCACAACCUGCCAAUUUCUUGGAGUUGCAACCUGCAGCUGCUCCUUAUUACUUUGGUGAGUUGGAGGAGGCCCUUAUCCAUGGCACCCGUACUUCUGGUGAUCAUGGCAUGAUCGGAAGUGAUGUGGACACAGAGUGUAAGACAGCUGGAUACCUUGCAGCUAGGCCCCCCACACUGGAGAUCUUCCCUUCAUGGCCAAUGAGUCAUCUACAGCAGCCAUACAGUGGUAACUCGCACUCAGUAGGGAGCACCACUGACUCGAGCUCAGGUCAGAACAGUAUGCCACAGACCGAGUUGGUGUCCCCAGGGAGCAUGAGGGCCGACUCUGGGCAGCGGCAGGAGGUUUUGAUGGUGACCGUUGAUGACUACAACUACGAGCAAGGACUCGGAGCGGCAGCAACCACAGCUCCAAUCUUUCAGCAGCAUGCAGCAGGCCAAGACAAGGGAAAGCAUGGAUCCACAAGAAAAGACGGCAAGCUGUUAGAUGCCAAGACUGAGAGGCGAUUGGCUCAGAACAGAGAGGCUGCAAGAAAGAGCAGGCUGAGAAAAAAGGCCUAUGUACAGCAGUUGGAGACAAGUCGGAUUAGGCUUCAGCAAAUUGAACAAGAGCUGCAUGGAGCACGUUCACAGGGUCUGUUCCCGGGAGGAGGCGGUGCACCUGGAGAUUUGAGUUCAGGCGCUGUGAUUUUUGACAUGGAGUACGCCCGGUGGUUAGAAGAUGACACCAAGCACAUGACAGAGCUCCAGGCCGUGCUGCAGCCUCAAAUUAUUGAUGCAAACCUUGGGGCCAUCGUUGAAGAGUGCAUGCGGCACUAUGAUGAGCUGUUCCACCUGAGGGCUAUGCUUGCAAGAUCCGAUGUGUUCCACCUGAUGACUGGCUUGUGGGCAACGACGGCUGAGCGAUGCUUCCUCUGGAUGGGCGGGUUCCGUCCUUCUGAAAUCCUCAAGAUGCUGAUACCACAGCUUGAUCCUCUUACGGAGCCGCAGCUGCUAGGGAUGUACAAUCUGCAACGGUCGUCGGAGCAGACUGAGGAGGCGCUUGGGCAGGGGCUUCAGCAGCUGCACCAGUCGCUGGCGGAUGCAGUGGGCGCUAGUCCUCUCAGUGACGGUGCAAAUGUCGCCAACUACACUGCUCUCAUGACCCUAGCACUCGACAGGCUCGACACCCUCGAGAGCUUUUACCGUCAGGCGGACAGUCUGAGGCAGCAGACGUUGCACCAGAUGCGGCGGAUCCUGACGACUCGCCAGACGGCUCGGUGCUUCCUCUCCAUCAGCGAGUAUCACCGCCGGCUCCGCGCCCUCAGCUCCGUCUGGGCCUCCCGCCCUCCAAGCGAGAGCGUCGUCGUCGCGGCCGCCGCAGAGAAUGUCAGCCCUACAGGGACGAGUGAGCAAGCUGCUAUCCGUCCGUACCACCAAAGCAGCCAGUUCCCUGGCUUCUGA